AUGGGUCGUGCACCAGACCUCACAGAGAAAACACCAUCAUCUGCUCGAAGAUUGGCCAUGUGUAAUCUUACUGUUCAGUGCUGUGCGAGUUUGUCUUCAGCUCUACAAUCCUCAAACUGUAUCCUGAGAGAGCUGGAGCUGAGUAACAAUGACCUGCAGGAUUCAGGAGUGAAGCUUCUCUCUGAUGGACUGAAUAGUCAACACUGUAAACUGGAGACACUGAGAUUGGUCAUGUGUAAUCUCACUGCUCAGUCCUGUGAGAGUUUGUCUUCAGCUCUACAAUCCUCAAACUGUGUCCUGAGAGAGCUGGACCUGAGUAACAAUGACCUGCAGGAUUCAGGAGUGAAGAAGGUCUCUGAUGGACUGAAGAGUUUAAGAGUUUUAGGAGAAAAUUGUAAGCUGGAGAUACUGAGAUUGUCUGGCUGUAUGGUGACAGAGGAAGGCUGUGGUUUUCUGUCUUCAGCUCUGACUUCAAACCCCUCACACCUGAGAGAGCUGGAUCUGAGCUACAAUCAUCCAGGAGAUUCAGGAGUCAAGCUGCUCUCUGGACAACUGGAGGAUCCAAACUACACACUGGACAAACUCAAUCUGGAUCAUGGAGGAGAGACAAUGAUUACAGCAGGACUACGCAAAUUCUGUUUCCUCACACUGGAUCCAAACACAGCACACACUCGUCUCAUUCUGUCUGAGGAGAACAGAGAGGUGAAGAGUGUGUGGGAGAAUCAGCCGUAUCCUGAUCAUCCAGACAGAUUUGAUUAUUGUCUUCAGGUGUUGUGCAGAGAGAGUGUGUGUGGACGCUGUUACUGGGAGACUGACUGGAUUGGAGAUUAUGCUGUGUGUAUAUCAGUGUCAUAUAAGAGCAUCAGCAGGAAGGGAGCAGGUUAUGAGUGUGUGUUUGGAUAUAAUGCUCAGUCCUGGAGUUUGAUCUGCUCUUCCUCCAGUUUCUCAUUCAGACACAAUAACACACACACUGAUCUCCCAGUAACUCCGCUCAGCAGUAGAAUAGGGGUGUUUGUGGAUCACAGUGCAGGAACUCUGAUCUUCUACAACAUCUAUAGAGACACAAUGAGCCUCAUCCACUCAGUCCAGACCACAUUCACUGAGCCGCUCUGGCCUGGGUUUACUGUGUGUUCUGGAUCAUCAGUGAAACUGAGCUGAAGACUGACAAGAGAUUUACCCACAAUCCUCUGCAGGAGCAGUCAGCAGCAGUGAGAUGAUAUGGAGUCUCUUCUGUGUGUGUGUGUGUGUGUGUGUGUGUGUGUGUGUGUGUGUGUGUGUGUGUGUGUGUGUGUGUGUGUGUGUGUGUGUGUGUGUGUGUGUUUCUCAGUCUUCAUUUGUCACAUCAUUGAUCUUUAUUAAGUGUCCUCCAGGAUCCUGAUGUGUUCAGAUCAGCUCAUUCUUGUCUACAGAUUUAUAUUUUUCAUUGUUUCUCUGUUGUUUGAGCACAAAUAAUAAAAGUCAAUGUCAAAUCCACUGCUGAUGUUAGAAUGUGAUGAUGAACAUGGAAAUGUCUGAAUCUUGUCUGAAUCUUUGUCAAAUAUUGAAUCAACUGUAGAGAAAUCCAGCAGGUCAAUAAAUA